AUGUAAUCAGAAGCAAGAUAAAAACAAAAGUUAGUCUUUUUAGGAAAUUCAUUUGUUGGUAAAACUAGUAUAAUUGAACGAUUUGUUUAAAAUACUUUUGAUCCAAAAUCUCAAGCUACUGUUGGAAUAGAUUUCAUUAGUAAAAAUAUGAUUAUUGAUGGUAAAACUAUGCGUUUAUUAUUAUGGGAUACUGCAGGACAAGAAAGAUUUCAUUCAUUAAUUCCUGGAUAUGUUAGAGAUGCUUAAUGUGCUGUUAUUGUAUUUGAUGUAACAUGUAAUUUAUUUUUAUAUUCUUAGCUAGACAUUCUUUUGAAAGUUUGGAUAGAUGGUUCAAAGAAGUUAAAUAAACAAGAGGCAAUGAAGCUUUAAUUGUCAUUCUAGGAAAUAAAAUAGAUUCAGAAAGAGUUGUUACUAUAGAUGAAGCAAGAGAAUAUGCUAUGAAAAAAGAUAUUCUCUAUUAUGAGGUGAGUGCUAAAACAGGUAAAGGAAUUGAAGAAGCUAUGGAAUAAAUUUGUUUAGCAUUACCCACAGACCAUUCUCUUCUUAUAACAUAAUCAUAAGGUAUACUUAUUUCAAUUAUUUUAUAGUAAAUUAAUCAUAAUUUGAACAGUAAACAGUGGCAUCCAACAGAAAACCUGUUCAUUUAGAUUAAAAUGGACUUAAAUAAUUCUAAUAACCAACAGCAAUUAAAAAUAAUCAAUGCUGUGCUAAAUCUUAAUGAA